GUCGUCUCCGUUUGAUGUAGGAGCGGGGAGGAGGGUGUUUCUAUGGAUGGCUGGAGCAGGAGCAGUGCUGGCACCGGCCCCCCACCCCUCGGCCCGGACGCAUCGUUUGCAUGUGUAUGUGUGAGUUUGCGGAGCGCAGAAGCGGACGCGCGCCUGCGGAUGCCAUGAAGCCGGCGCACUGGGGCGGACUUGCGGCGCUGAGAGCCUCAUCAGGUCCCGGGACCUGUUGCUGACAAGCCGGUGGAGAAAAUACAGAGAAGGUGGAAGGGGGGCCCGGCGGACUGGGAAGGUACUGCCCAGCGAACGAAAGCUGCAGUUCCUUUGCUGAGAAAACCAUGCGGUUAGCUACCCAGCUGGUGGGACUCACGUGUCACCUCCUAACACUCGUCUGGAUGUCGUCGGAGUACCGACUGCACCCAAAGCAAGAAAAAUUUGUUAAACAGCUGUCGUCCUAUGAAAUCGUCACCCCGCUGCGAGUGAAUGAUUUCGGAGAAACUUUUCCGCACGCCUUGCACUACAGGAGGAAACGGAGGAGUUUGGACGCGACUUUCCCCGGCUUGCGAGCUCACUAUCGAGUCGACGCUUUCGGACAGCGUUUCCAUCUCAAUCUAACGGCCGAUUCUGGAUUUAUUUCCCCAUCAUACACGGUGACACACGUGGGAGAGCUGGACAGCAAUGAGAGCUUCCCCCAGGAUGUCGCCAGUGACAUGAGGCACUGCUUCUUCAGUGGACACGUCAACGCCGAGACGGAGUUCAAGGCUAUCUUCAGCCUCUGUACUGGCCUUGUCGGGACCUUCACGACCCGCAGCGGCGAGUACUUCCUGGAGCCUCUGAUGGCGGCGGAGGGUGAGGAAUAUGACGAGGGGCACAACAAGCCGCACCUGGUAUAUAGGCACGAGAGGAAGAGGCGGAGUUCCGGGCCAGGCUCCUCUGAAGCAUGUGCAGUCCAUGAAGGUGUUUUGGGGAACGAGAACGUUCUCCAUAGCAGCAGAGGCGCCGGGGAGGAGGCGGAAGCCGCUGGCGGAGUGCCGGAUGCCCAUCUCUCAGGAACCGGCUCCAGCGCCCGGAGUAUCCACUCCCAGUCACGACAGAAGAGGUUCCUCUCGUACCCCCGAUACGUGGAGUUGAUGGUGACCGCUGAUGCCAAAAUGACGAGGCACCACGGACACAACCUGGAGAACUACAUCCUGACAAUCAUGUCAGUAGUCGCUGCAAUCUACAGAGACCCCAGUGUGGGAAAUCUCAUCAACAUUACCAUUGUUAAGCUGAUCGUUAUCCAUAAUGAACAGGAUGGACCGUCCAUAAGUUAUAAUGCCGCUUCUACACUCCACAGCUUCUGUGUGUGGCAGCAGGGCCAGAACGUUCCGGACGACAACCACCCGUGGCACCACGACACCGCACUGCUCAUCACCAGGGAGGACAUCUGCAGAGCCAAAGACAAAUGCGACACGUUGGGCCUGGCAGAGCUGGGCACCAUGUGUGAUCCCUACCGGAGCUGCUCCAUUAGCGAGGAAAACGGCCUGAGCGCCUCCUUCACCAUCGCACACGAACUGGGCCACGUGUUCAAUAUGCCCCACGACGACAAUCCGAAGUGCAGGGAUGCUGGGAUGAAACAGCAGUACCACGUCAUGGCCCCCAUGCUCAACGACGAGACCAGCCCCUGGACGUGGUCCAAGUGCAGCCGGAAGUACAUCACCGACUUCCUCGACACUGGGUAUGGGGAGUGCCUUCUGGAUGAGCCGGAACUUUCCAGAUCCUACCACUUGCCACCUCAGCUCCCAGGCCAGCUAUACAGCGCCAACAAGCAGUGCGAGCUCAUGUUCGGCCCAGGAUCCCAGGUCUGCCCAUACAUGAGACAGUGCAAACGGCUGUGGUGCACCAGCGCGGGGGGUAACCACAAAGGCUGCCGCACCCAGCACAUGCCCCUGGCCGACGGCUCCGACUGCGGCCACGGAAUGCACUGCCGACACGGGCUCUGUGUGAGCAAGGAGGCAGAUCUGCGGCCCCUGAAUGGGAUGUGGGGCCCCUGGGGGCCCUACAGCGCCUGUUCACGGUCCUGCGGAGGGGGCACCAAGAGCACGGUCAGAGACUGCAGCAACCCUGAGCCCAGGAACGGGGGUCGCUUCUGCGUGGGCCGCAGGAUGAAGUUCCGUUCCUGUAGCACAGAUCCUUGCCCCCGCGACCGCAGAGACUUCCGCGAGGAGCAGUGUGCCCAGUUUGAUGGCCGCCAUUUCAACAUCAACGGCCUGCUGCCCAGCGUCCGCUGGCUGCCCAAGUACAGCGGAAUUCUCGUUAAGGACCGGUGUAAGCUCUUCUGCAGGGUGGCGGGGAAGACGGCCUACUACCAGCUGAAGGACCGCGUCAUCGACGGCACGCCAUGCGACCCCGACACCAGUGACAUCUGCGUACAGGGCCUGUGCAGGCAAGCAGGCUGUGACCACGUGCUGAACUCCAAAGCAAAGCACGACAGAUGUGGAGUGUGCGGUGGAGACAACUCGUCCUGCCGGGCCGUGAGCGGGACCUUCGACGACGCCCAGUAUGGCUAUAAUAUCAUUGUGCGAAUCCCUGCCGGGGCCACCAACAUCGACAUAACGCAAGUCAGUUACUCGGGAAAACCAGAGGAUGACAACUACCUUGCUUUAUCUGACAGCCAGUCCAACUUUAUCCUGAACGGGAAUUUUGUGGUGGCCAUGUUUAAGCGGGAGGUGACGGUCAAGGGGGCCGUCAUCGAGUACAGCGGCUCGGACGCCGUAGUGGAGCGCAUUAACUGCACCGAUAGGAUCGAGGAGGAGCUUGUGCUUCAGGUGCUGUGCGUUGGGAACCUGUACAACCCAGACGUGCGAUACUCCUACAACAUCCCCGUCGAGGAGAGACUGGAGAAGUUUGUCUGGAGCACUUCUGGAUCGUGGCAGGACUGCAGCCGGGUUUGUCAGGGUGAGAGGAGACGCAAAGUGAUGUGCAUACGGAAGAGCGACCACCAGGUGGCAUCAGACCAGCGAUGUCACCAGCUACCCCAGCCUGACCCCAUCAGCGAGCCAUGCAACACUCACUGUGAACUCAGGUGGCACGUGGCAGGCAGAAGCGAGUGCUCAGUGAGGUGCGGCCCGGGUCACCGCACCCUGGACGUCCAGUGCGUAAAAUACAGCCGGCUGGCGGAGCGCAGUGAGUGGGCGGAGCCUGUAGCCUGUGGCGAGAUGCCCAAGCCGCCCUCGCGGGAACCCUGCCACGGCGACUGCUUGCUGCAGGGCUGGCACUAUAGCGCUUGGUCCCAGUGCACGCAGUCGUGUGGUGGUGGGAGCAGGACGCGCCUCGUGGUCUGCCAGGGCUCCAGCGGGCAGAGACUGGACGAGCGAAACUGCGAUGAGCAGCAGCGCCCCCUGGAUGCGGAGCUGUGCAACACGCAGUCCUGCCCCGGGGCCGCAUCCUGGCUCCGGCACCCGUGGAAACCGUGCUCUGCGAGCUGCGGCAGAGGGACCAAGCAGCGUGACGUGGCCUGCCUGGACGAGAGGCAGACGGAGGUGCCGGCAGAGCGGUGCGCCCAUCAGCCGCGCCCUCGCACCCAGAAGGCCUGCCGGGCACAGAGGUGCCCCAGCUGGAAGGCCAACCGCUGGGCUGUGUGUUCUGUGAGCUGUGGAGCAGGGCUCCAGGCCCGGGAGGUCUACUGCAGGCUGAGGGGCACAGGACGUGUCCAGGAAGAUCUGUGUGACCCUCUAACAAGGCCCCCCAGCACCCAGCCGUGCCUCAGCUCAGGCUGCCCUCACCACACCUGGGUGGUCCACGAGUGGCAGGAGUGCAAUGUCACCUGUGGCUUGGGUUCAACGAGCAGGGAGGUGCUGUGUAUAGACCAGGCUGGGAGGUCUGCUCACUACAGCCUCUGUGACCUGGGUUCCAAACCCGUGCAGCACCAGCUCUGCCAGCGGGAACCUUGCCAGUACACGUGGAGGACAGGAGACUGGUCUGAGUGUUCAGCCAGCUGCGGCCCCGGCAUCCAGCAGCGAAUGGUCAUCUGCUCCAAGGUGCACUCUUCAGAGGACCCCCCCUCGCAUGCAGUCCAGCCCCCACUUCACCCCAGCUGCCCUCGGCCCCACCCUGGCGAUACACAGCCCUGCCUAUUGGCGGAGUGCCCCGCUUUUGCCUCGUGGGAAGUUGGCCCUUGGAGUGAGUGCUCCCAGAGCUGUGGGGCCGGCGUGAGGCAGAGGCGGGUAGCGUGUCUCACUGGGAAUGCCCUCCCGGCCCGGAGCUGCAAUCCAGCGGAGAUGCCCAAACCCAAGGCCCCUUGUCAUGAGAGACAAUGUGAAGUGCUUACCAGCUGCAAAGAGGUUCAGCAGAAAACCAGCAUGAAGAACGACGGCGAGUACUAUCUCAGAGUCAGCUCGAGGAUUCUCCAGAUCUACUGUGCAGAGAUGCAGUCCCAGGUUCCCAAGGAGUACAUCACCUUGCGCAGUGGUCAGAUGGACAACUUCUCAGAGGUUUAUGGGUACAGGUUACAGAACCCAUUCGAAUGUCCAUUCAAUGGCAGCAGAAGGAGGGACUGCGUUUGCAGCAAUGACUAUCCAGCCGCUGGCUACACCAUUUUUCACAAGGUCCGGCUGGACCUCAGCGCCAUGCGGAUAAUCACCACGGACCUGCGAUUCUCCCAGACCCCACUAGGCCACUCUGUGCCUUUUGGCACCGCAGGAGACUGCUACAGCGCCACCAAGUGUCCACAGGGUCAGUUCAGCAUCAACCUCACGGGUACCGGCCUGAAGAUUGCGGAGGAGGCCAAGUGGGCCUCCAGGGGUAAUUACGCCACCGCCAAGGUGCACAGGUCUGAGGACGGGGUGAGGAUUUACGGACGCUGUGGAGGAUUUUGCGGGAAAUGCGUCCCUCAGUCGCAAUCUGGCCUCCCCGUGCAAGUCCGCUAAGGGACAGACUAGCGUCACCCGAGCAAGACACGGCUGCGAGACUCUUCCGGGAACACCGCUCGCUCUCGUACCCGUGACCGCGGGACCAUUUCUGGCAGCUAAGCCCGACAGGAGAGCACAGGUCAGACCCAGCUAUCUGCCAGAAUCACCGACCUGCCUUUCAACAAGUGUGAUGCGUACCAAAUGUAUUCGUGCAUCAGAAUAUCGAAAGCAGACCGGGGGCCUUUAACGCCGCUGUGUGUUUCAUUGUAUCUUAUAUAUUCGUGUCUUUCUUUUCCUUUGACGAAAGGGAAACACUGAGGCCAUGUUGCAAAGCUGUCUUACUGUGUCGAGUGACCUUUCAGCUUCAGAGGUCAUGUGUAUGUUUGACAUUCGAUAAAACAAAAAAUAAGAAUUUUAGUCAUUCAAAGCUUUGAAAACUCUUAUACACUGGAGCUCUGUUAAAUUUCUUUUUAUUGACACUGAAUAGUAUGCAUUAGUUUAGAAAAGCCUCAGUGUGUUUUUCUCUGAUUUACCAAUAACAAAAUGCUCACCUUGACUGUAGGAGAUCAUGUGCCCAGGUUAACAUAACCGAAAGUGUCACGUGAUCACGGUCGCCUGUAUUAUGCUAGUUUUCAGACUAACAGCAAAUGGGACUUGGCCUUGUUUCAAAGGCUGAAACAGUUUAGAAUGCAAAGCUAUAGACCAUCAAUGCGAAAUCCUGUCCUCGGCUAUCAAAAUCCUUACAGCCGCUUAAGAGAGACAAGUAGGAAUUCUCAGAAAGAAGGAACUGACCAAGUUCUUCAGGAAAGACUGAAGCGAGUUCACCGAUAUGGAGAAUGACUUACUCUUCCGUCAGGAUAACUCGGGGUAGUCCUAGCUGCGUAGCUUGACAGCAGGUGCACGCCAAUCCUACCUCUAACUCACAAGCAUGUAAAUAGAACAGAAAAUGUACUUUAUGACACUUUUAAAUAUUUAUGUUUGACCAUAUUUAUUCUGUAAUGUUAUACUGUAGAUGCAUUCAGCAUAGGCAGCUGUACAGAGUUGAUGCUGUUACAUUACUGCAGAGAACGAGAGCCGUCAGCACAGUGACCUCUAACCACAGAGAAUAGCUCUCCUUUCUUUAACUACUGAAACCAUCUGAGCCUUUUCAGUACCGCUGCGCUGUCUCUAAACGGUUCCCUUCCAUGUACUGAUAACGUCAUGCCUUCUAAUGUGCAUAAUCCUUUUCACAAAUCCAGGUAGCCUUUAGCUAGAACCAAAGUCUGUUAUGGUUUUAAGUGUUCUUAACAGGUAAAGCAGCUAUAUUAAUUUAAAGGAGAAUUCCACCCAAAAAUGGAUCUUUCGUUUUUAAAUUUUAUUCAGAACCUGGCCUGGCCGUACACUGUCACGCACACAGGGGCUGGGUUGUGUUUUUUGGUCCCACUCAAUAAGUCACCAUCCUCCACCAUUGUAGUGACUUUUUGUGACCAACAGAGGCCCCCAAUUUCAGGGGCCCCACAGAAAUGCUUGGUGUGAGUGGUGAUAAACACCUCCGCUGCUUACAUAGCAAGCUCACCAGAACACUUGGAAUACUCAAUGGAAAAAGUCCUGUUUUUUUUUUCCUAGAAAUUUCAAGCAGUUGUAGUUUUAUUUGUAAAAUUGUCACAUUUUAAAAUGUUCCAAGAUUCAUGGGAAUGAAGAUUAAAAGAGGAUAAAUUGGAGAUUGUCUAAAACUGCCACCUAGAGGCCAAACAUCCACAUAGCAGGGGGAAAAUAAUUACAUCAUAAUAUUAAUUCUGAAGAAUGAUAAAUCAAGUCUGGUGGAAUUCUCCUUUAAGAAACCAACCUGUGAAAUCUGAGCAGCUAAAUUUAACCAGCAAUUAUUAUUAACUGAUGGGUAAUUCUACUGGAGGUCUGUAUCAGAAUAUUUUUAAGUACUUGAUGCACUGUGUGUCUUUUUUGUAGAACCAUACUUAUAUAACAUAAUGUGUUUUUAAGUAAAAAAUUCUUGACUUGAAAUGUGAAUGUUAUUAUAAUUGUAUAAAACAUGGUGCUAUUUUGCUAUGUAUUAUCCAAAGAAAUUGUUUUUCUUAAUAUCUGUAGUGAUAUGGUUUUGGUAAAAAAAUUAAGGAUUACAGGAAUACUUUGAAGAUUAUGGUGACAUUACAAGUUUUAUAGGUUUGGUUAGAAGAGUACUAAGAGUAAUUACAUUACAUUAAAGCGUGGAUUACCAAUGGUUAUUUGGCUAUGCUUUUAACCCACUAUAAAUAGGUACAAACCUGCCUUUAUGUUUGACGACAGACAGUCUUUUCAGUAGCAUCAAUAACCCCAUUAUUAUAUUUACAAUCAGUUAUUAAAUUAUUGCCAGUUUUUAAAAUGUAUUUGAAUUAUAGUAUGUUAUUUUGAUUUCCUUUGAUCUUCUUGACAUUCAGACUAAUUUUCCAGUGCUGGUCUGAGCUCAGGUGCUGUAAGUUUUUGUAUGUUUCCAAGAAAAGGUGCAACUAAAUAAAGAACACAGCAGUAUGUAACUGUAUGAAAAGAUUUACGGUGCCAAACGUGAAUAUUAAAAAAAUA